AUGUCUCGUAGAUUUGACUGGUGGAUUCGACAAGCGUACCUUGCAAUCAUACCCUCGUAUCCUAUAGGAUACUUGGUCGUUCACGGGUUCCGUGGUGAUCAGAUAUGGAGUAAACUUUAUGUGGAAAGGAGUGCUUUUCCUCCGUCAGAGUAUUUGAAAGAAUUGGUCGAGUCAGAGAUGGAUAAGCUUGACAGAAUAAAAAACCCAAAACUACGUUUGAGCCUAACAGACUCUUGUGAACCUCGCGUGUAUGGAGGCUUUUUCUUGCAAUCGGGUGCCGAGCUUCAGUUUCCAAUGCGAAUGUCACUCGAUGAUGUGGAGCAGGCACGCCGUUUAGCUAGCAACAUUGAACUUGACCUGGGUCUAGCUAGGCAUCGACGAAAAAUUGAAGUAAACACAAAAAUUGGCGAGGAGUUGACGUCUCGAAUGAUGUUGUCCGAUGCUGCAAAAAUGUUUCUUGUGCAAAGACAGCUCCAGCUUGCUAAUAGUUUCGCCUUGUUCAAUGCACCGUACAUAGCCUGGUUUGGAAUUUUUGGUGCGGGCUAUGGCAUUUCUGUAGGUCUUUCAAGUUUUGUCGGCGUCGCUACUGGAACACUUGCAGGAGUGGUAUUUAGCGCAGUCGCUUUUCGCCAAUUUUUCAAGAGUUACACUGCAUACAAAGUGAGAUGGGCCGACGAGAAGACCGUUGAGAUCGGUGAGGAAUAUUUGCAAGGAGCAUGCGAUUACUUUCGGUCUACAAUGAAAUUCAAUAGAUUGUUGCGAGUAUUGUUAGGUGAAGAAGGAGAGCAAAAUAUUACGAGGAAUGGCGAUGUACGGUUUUCUGUGAGAGUUUUGGGUUCGCCGACUAGCUGGUUCAUAUUCAUCUCAAUUUUUGUAGAUUCUGAGCAGCCGUACGGAGUAUGCGAUUAUCUCGUGCAGUGCUGUCCUACAGGUCUGAAGUGGAAUGAGCAAGCGACCGCUUUUCUACAAACGAAGGUUGGGCGACGGUUACGGAUAGGACUUCUCGGUGGUACUAUUAUCGCUUAUCCGUUAACUUCCUUGCUCGUUAACGGCCCAUUAGUUAAUUUCACAUUUCCUCGUAGAUAUUCAGUGGAAGACCUACCGCCCAGACUUAAAGAGAUUGCACAAGAGGAAUACCAAAGGUUUUUGGAGUCAGAGUCACGUGUUGCAAAGGAUGCUGUUGUAACUCAUCAUCUCGGAAAAUCCUUAAGUGACUGUGAAACGGAAGCAGCUGGCUCUCUCGGGGUGCGAACUGGUCUCCACCUUGCUAUACCUUGUCAUGCUCGAUUCGAAAGCGUUGACGAAGCAUUGGAGUACCUCAGGAGGCACCAUACACAUUAUAUCGACGCUCUGGGCGUAAAAGUUCCCAUAGAGUGGGACACGUCAUCGGGAAGAGAAUUGGCUAACGCUUUUGUUCUGUCAGAUAACGCUCUAAGAUUUAUAUUUUUACGGGAUUUACAUGCUCAUGAUGGUUAUGCCUCUUUGGCUCAGCGGAGCAUAUCGUGGGCAACUUGGACGUCUUUUACGAGUAUAUUUACGUAUUGGCUGCACAACAAAGCUAAGAUUUGUGGAGGAACUGCUACCUCUUUUGCGGUUAUAUAUGUGCUUUUUGUUUCCGCAGCUUGGUUUGCUAACAAGCAUUGGUAUUACUUGUACAGGUAUUUGACCGAUAUUCAUGCCGACAGCGUCGCUGCCCGUUCAUCGUUUUGCCAUUGCGAAGGGGGCAAAGAGUUUUACUGGAAACAGCUAAAACGAAACAGGUUAUUACGUGAUCUGUCCGCUGAUUUAAGACCCAAGGUGACUCCUUCUGGAGAUGUUCGUGGUAUAGCUACUUCCAUACUAGUUCGAUAUGAUCAUCUCAAGGAGAUGGGUUCGACUAUUCUCGGCCUGGGAGCAUGUGCUUUAUCAUCACUGUUCUUUGGAACUGCAUAUGUUCCCAUAAAGCGAUUUGACGCCUCCAAUGGAAUUUUCGUCCAGUGGGUAAUGUCUGCAGGAAUCCUCUGCGUCGGGAUGGUGGUUAAUGCUUUCGAGGAGUUCCCCAAAUUUCAACCAUUUGCUAUGGUCGGAGGAGCACUCUGGGCCUUAGGUAAUUUUACUGCUGUGCCUAUCAUGAAUGUUCUUGGUCUUGGAAUGGGAAUGCUUAUAUGGGGUACGACUAACUGCGUAUGUGGAUGGUCUGUAGGGAGGUUCGGUUUAUUCGGUGUGAAGGCUUUUGUUCCUGCAAUGCCGUUGUUAAACUACUUGGGUUUGGUAAUGGUCAUAAUAGGAGGCUUUUUCUUUUCGCAAUUACGACCAACUGUUUCCAAUCCCACUGCUGAAGAAAUAGUGAUUGUUGAAGAAAGUAGUCGCUCUGUCAGAGGAGAUACUGAUGAAGAUAGUCCUCUGCUUGCUACAACUGUACUAGUCGGACUAGAUCGUAGAACCAAAAGACUUAUAGCUGUGAUAGUUGCUCUUAUGGCUGGUAUUUUCUAUGGUGUUACUUUUGUACCCGUGAUCUAUAUGCAGGACCAUCCUGAACAGUUUCCUGAUGCUUCGAAAAGUGGAUUAGCAUACGUGUUCUCCUAUUUUUGUGGAAUCUUUAUCACUGCUACGUUCCUACUUGUUUUGUAUAUCGCAUACAGUGGCAACAACCCUGUUGUCAACAAUAAGAUUACUGGUCCCAGCUUGUUGGCCGGUUGUAUGUGGGCUAUAGCGCAGACCUCUUGGUUUUUCGCGAACGACAAUCUGUCCCAAUCGAUAACUUUUCCUAUCACAAGCAUGCUACCAGGUGUAUGUGCUGCCUUGUGGAGUGUGUUUUACUUCAAGGAAAUAACGGGUCAUCGUAACCUGCGCAUUCUGACUAUUGCAGUCUGCACUACAGUAACCGGUGCAGUACUUGUAGGGCUAUCAAAAUGA